GGGAAUUCGUGAGUGACCUUAGUCCUUACAUUUCAAAAUUACAGCUGUCCCCGGCGAUGCAUGAGAGAGCGAUCCUUUUCAGGCAGCGAGAUGAUGAACGUCAAUUUCAAAAUCCUAUGUCCUUCCUUAAUCAUUAAUUGCAGGCUCCGAUCCUAGCACGUGCCACCACCACGUAGUACGGUAUACCAAGUGUAGUAUGCAACCCUGGUAUUACGUACCGUAUACGGCUUCCAAAUAUUCCAGGCUGGUGCCCGCGGAACAUCUAUGCAUGCAGGUCGUAGUCGAAACUGAUGAAGGUAAAAUGUCCCGCGCGCGCGCCAGGCCAGUCGAUCGUGUGAACCGGUGUGAACCUUCAACCACUUCCGUAAACAUUAUUUGUUGGCCGGCUAGGCGUGCAUGCAUCAUCAUUUGGUAGGCCUAGUAGUUUUUACGGAAGCUCUAGAUCUAGUGUGUGGUAUUAUAAUUAUAAAGGAGCAUAACUGGUGCAGUGAGUCGAGUCUGUCAUUCCAAUUCCAAGUUGUCAUCCAAGGUCUAACUACUCCUCAAUUGUCUUCUUUGUUGAUAUUUAGACUCAAAAUGGAUCGUGAGGAUGAGGAAUCUCUGAUUGAGGAGAAAGAAGACGGGGAAGAAGAGGAGAGUCUAUGGAGUAAUCUACCAAACCACAUUUUGGUUUAUAUUUUUUCUUUCUUAAAUCUGAGUGAUCGUUGUCAAGCUUCCCUCACCUGUAAAGCAUGGAGUGAGAUAUUUGGAACUCCAUCUCUGUGGAGGAAGUUUAAGUUUUGUUUCUUCACAGAGUCUGAUUCCUGCCAGCUAAAGUGCCUUGACCUCUAUGGGAGUCAGCUCAGAAAUGUGUGUGUGGUACUGAAUCAAAAAGGGGAGGACAAUCGCAAGAAUGCUUGUGAGGUGAUCAACCGUCUGGCAGAGUGCCCUGACCGCAGGCUUCAAGACAUCACUGUACAGUUCACAACAGACAACCCCCUCUUCUUCAAAGGAUCUGAGUUCCUCAAUAGCCUUGCGUUGCUAUUUGGACCUCCUGCCCCAUCUGUGACUAUGCACCACCAGCUACGCAAAAUCGAUCUUAGCCAAUUGGAAUUAUCAAUCAGUGAUAUCAUGCUUGCUUUGAUUGCAAAUAAUCACCCAAACCUAGAAGUUCUUAACAUCCAGAAUCACUCAAUAAACUGCCAUAUCAGUACAGAGCACAUGCUGGACCUUGUACGCAAGUGCAAGAAGCUGCGAGAACUCAGUACUUUCUACAAAUCAGUAUCCGACGAUGUCUUUAAGGCUUUUGCUGAUGCAGACCAUGCACGUCUGGAAUACCUGUCUCUUGCUUGUCGACGUGAGGAGAAGUACCAUAAGCUACUGUCAGCAGACGCCUGGGAUAUACUUGUGGCUUCUUCGCCAAAGCUUCGAGUUAGUUUACUCUUUGACCACACCAUCGAGCGGCAUCAGAUCAGAUACAUCUUGCAUCCUCAGAUUCCACUCACAGAGCUUGCCAUGCGAACAAUGUCAGAGCUCCACCAUGAAGUCGGAAUCGUUGCCUCCUUCUAUCCUCGUACCCUAGAAGUCUUCAUUGUCGUGACCAAGGGUUCCGAGUCCUUCAAGACGGAACUAAUGAGGUUGGUGUCAACAGCACCUCAUCUACGAGUCCUGCAUUGCUUUUGCGGCUUGGACGUAGACACCAUAGCCAAAAUCAAAGAGCUUUGUCCAAACCUGGAGGAAUCUACUCUGAAAACAGAAGAUGACUUUAAUGAGAUGCAGAGGGUUUUCGUUGGUAGGGCUGCACGGAAUACUGUCAUGUCUGGCCGGUAAAGGAUGAUUGGAGGUGCCUCUGGUGAGAUGGAAAUCUCUCUGAACUUUGAAGGGAGAAAUUCAAUACAUCAACUGCCUGGAAAAUCAAAUGCAAUGUCUGAUAUUGUUUUAUAUUGCUUAUUGAUUAAAUCCAUUUGAAUCAGGUAUUUUUUCAUAUUUAGAUAAAUAUAGACUACAUGGUCUCAUCUUUUGAAAAUUUAUGAUCGAUUCAGUGUGUUCUUUUGUGGAAAAAGUUUGCAUUACAGGUCAAGUUGAAAAGGAAAAUUUAAUAAUCAAUUUCUUUUGGGGUCACAGUUGAGAUCAAUAGCUCUAUAUACUGAAAUGUUUUUGUUUUUCACAUUCUUAUAUUUUAUGAAGAGAUUUGUAUGGAUCUAAUAAUCACAUAAGCAUAAAAAUGCCUCGGAUACUUUUGAAAAAAGAACAAACCAAUCGAUGCAAAUUUUAAAUUUGCUGCCUUGUGGAGACUGGAGCCUCAAAUUCUGUUAGCUAGCAAUUAUUAUUAUAUUUCAGAUCGUUAUAUAAAUAAAAAGGUACACAAUUUGAAUUUGAUUUAACAAAUAAUUUCUUUCCACUAAAAUGAGGAGAAAAAAAAAUAUUUUUAAUUACUUUUAUGCAAACUUUGUUCCAAAUGCCUUGAUCUUUACACUACUUUUAUUAAUUACCCAUUAGGUUUUGAUGUAACAUAAUGGUUUAGGAGAUAUUGUUGGGCAUUUAAUGAAUAGCAAUCAUUGGAAUAUACUUGAUGUGUAUAUUUGCAUUAUGUUUAUUUAUGUUGCAAAGUGGGGUGAUAAUUAGAUGUAAAGGUAAUUCAAUCAUGUUGCUGCAAAUUGAAGGCAUGGGUACUUGACUGUUGUAUAUUGUAAUUUAUAGUUUUAAGCUACUUAUUCAUGUAAAAUAAUGUCAAGUAGGCUACAGGGUAUCGAGAACUCGGGUAACGGGAUACCUCUGCUAGUUAACACUAAGAUUGUGAUUUUUGAAAGAUUUUUAUUGAAGAGCAAUGUCAAAGUAUCCAUAGAAAUUCUCUAUUUCCCUUAAAUGUAAUAUAUCACUUCUUAAACUUCAACCCUUUGUGCAAGUAUUCUAUUAUUUAUUAUUACAAUCCAUCAAUCUAUAACGAAAAACCUGAACCAAAUCCUGGUCGAUAAAAAGAAAACAAUAGGCCUAAGUAAUGUAAGACCAAAAAUGAAAAUAUAUUGGCAGUGGCUGCUUUGUAGCCAUGGUUCAUAGUCUUUUGUAUCAGACACAUUGCUGAUGUUUCAUGUAACAACAUUAGACUCGUAUAGGCAAAGUUAAAGAACCCUGCAGCCUCCACCUAGAUGAUAGGCUAGCUAGGUGUUGGCAAAUUAUAAAAUUACAAACUUUGUAGAAUAAAAGUGGCAUCCAAGCAGGUUGGAAGGGACCUGUGCCCCUUUGUAUAUUUUGAAAAUCACCAAUUAAACAUAAUUGACAGUAGCUAAAUCUAAGAAAUUAUCAUCUGCAACCCUUCUAUUUUUCAGAUUUGCUCUUUGAGGCCCCAUUUACAUGUACAUUUGUCCUGCCACUGAUUAGGAAUAACAUAACAGAAAGGGGGGGGGGAGAAAGUUAUUAUAAUAGUUACUGGAUUUGUGAAAUUCAUUUUAAGGUGAGAUAGGCAGAUAGUUUGAUAGUUCUUGUUUUUAAUUGUGAAUUUUGAUACCUAUGUUGAAUGUUGUCUUCAUAAGGUGCUAUUUUAGUGCUUUCAAUCAAAUGAAUUAUGCCCAAAGAUUAUAUAUAGCUGGCUAGAGUAUGCACAAUGCCAAAGCAAAUAACAGUACAAUAUGGAAAAUAAACUUCUGAAGAGAAUAGUACAAAUAGUGUAAUAAUUGCUCAGGGAGGAGCUAGAAUAAACCAUUUCUCUUCCUUUGCAAUUGUGAUUCACAAGUUGCAUUUGAAAAGAAUAUUAAUGACAGUAAUUCAUCGCCAGAAUGACAGAAUUGCAAGCUCUUUUUCUUCCCUUGUCAACUCUGGGAUAUUUUUGACUUGCAAUGGCAAUUGGAGCAUGUGGCACGUUAGUAGUGUAGGGUGCAGUCUAUGGUUUACCAUCUUCUAAUUUAAGAAUAGUGUUAAUUCAUAUUUAAAGGUCAAGUCCACCCAAAAAAGAUAUUGAUUUGAAUAAUAAGAGCCUAAUUAAACUAUCACAACGCUGAGAAUUUCAUCAAAAUCGGAUGUAAAAUAAGAAGGUUAUGACAUUUUGAAGUUUCGCUUUUUUUCAUAAAACAGUGAUAUGCACAAUUCAGUGACAUGCAAAUGAGACAGUCAAUGAUGUCCUUCACUCACUAUUUUGUUUUUUAUUGUUUGAAUUAUACAAUAUUUCAUUUUUUACAUAUUUGACAAGAAGGAACAACUUGGCUGAACCAUAUAGUAUUAAACAAUGCUAAUUCCACAUGUUGAGGAGGAAUCAAUCGUUGUUUCACUUGACAAUGAGGAGAAAAUUAAAAAUAUUUCAUAUUUCAUAUAAUAAAAUAUACAAAAGAAAUAGUGAGUGGAUGACAUCAUCAGUCUCCUCAUUUGCAUACCAACCAGGAUAUGCAUAUAAAUGUGUUGUGAAAUUAAGCGAAACUUUAAAAUGCCAUAACUCUCUUAUUUUACAUCCGAUUUUGGUCAAAUUUUCAGUGUUUUGCUUGUUAGAUUUUUCUCUUUUUAUUCAUAUCAACUUUUUGUUAGGGUGGACUUGUCCUUUAAUUAGCUUGAUGUAAAACAUUGUACUUUUGAUUUAAUUAUGGUUAUUACAUGGCGGUCAUGGGCCACUUUUCAUCAUUUCAUGAAGGCAACAUCAGGCCCAAAGAACAAUCUUGAAAAAAAUAAAUAAAAUAGUAUGGCAGUAUGUCAUCACACUCUAGUUGAGGCCCUCAACAAUUUUCCUCCUUUGCACGAGUGCCUUUUGAUAAAUUGAUGAUAAUAUGUGAUUCUUAAGUGUUCUCCUUGCAUGCUGCAUUAUCUCCUAUAGUAUUUAGCUAUGCAGUGUCUAUUUAUUAGUUUGUUUAUAUUGCCAAUGUCAUUCUGUAUUGCAAUUAGGAGUGUAAAAAAUGAAAUGAAAUAUACAACUCAUUAUAUUUU